GACGUUCUAACAACAACAACACAGCCGUCGGUUAAUUUCGCCGAACUGAAACAAAACUAUCAAACUCUUCUCAGUGUAGUUGCAAUGAGCAGCCAAAACAUAGAGCAAUCUAACAUUCCAGACAGCACAGCUCAUAAAGAACAAGUACAAGAAUCACAAGACGACCAAUCAAAACCAGUUGUUGAACAAAACCAAAUUGACGAUGAAGAGUUACAUAAACUUCUUUUACCUGACGUCACCAAUCUUCCUCUUCUUCCUCCCACUUCUACUCAAACCAACUUCGUCUCUUAUUUUGCUCCAGAUUUUACCAAGCCCGGACACGACCAGUAUGUUUAUCGACAUGCCAAUGGUUUGUGCGUGAUUGGUCUGGCUUCUACUCACGUUGCUUUUAAGGAAGAAGGUGGAAUCACGGCCGUUGAUUUUAAUGUUGGCAAGUCUGAUCGGAGUGGUUUUAAGGUUACCGGAAAACGCAAAAGGAAUGCACAACACUUUGAAUCCAACACAGCUUUGUGCAAAGUGUGUACGCAGGAUGCUUCUUAUAUUGUCAGGUGUUGUGUUAAAGGCUCGCUGCUGGAAGUGAAUGAUCGGCUAAUUAAACAGCCGGGAUUGCUUAAUUCUUCUGCGGAUAGAGAAGGAUACAUUGCCAUUAUGAUGCCAAAACCAGCAGAUUGGCUGAAGAUCAAGGAUUCAUUACUAAGCCUUGAAGAAUACAAGAAAUUGAGAGAAGGCACGUGAGUAUUGACGAGCCUUGAUUAUUUUCUUGGCCUUGGAGAGGAACCAGAGAUGCAGAAUCAUACUGCCUCAGAGAGAAUUUUUUCGCUGGGAGAAUCGCCCAUCAUUAAUUUAUACACUCGGCUCUUCAGCUGCCCUCAGGUUAGAUACAAGGGCAAUUUGCACCACUGUGUUAGAUUUUUUUUUUAAUUCUACGAAUAAAAUUCGAUUAAUAACCGACAUGUUUGUCUUAUGAUUCAUUAACUAGAACCAGAGUAAAUUGCUAUUAAGGCUGCACUAACAUAAGUAGCAAAAGGUCCUAUGAUUACUGUUA